AUGGGGAUGGAUUCAUCAUCUAUUCUGGGGAAAAUGAAGGAUAAGGUGGUGGAGAUAGCCAAGAAUGUAGAGAAAAUUGGGAGGGACGACCCAAGAAAAAUCGUGCAUUCAGCUAAAGUGGGAGUAGCUCUUACACUCAACUCUUUGUUCUACUAUUACGAUCCUCUCUAUGAAGGGUUUGGGCAAUCUGGAAUCUGGGCUCUUUUGACUGUCAUCUUCGUCUUCGAAUUCACUGUUGGUGCCACCUUAUCCAAAGGCCUGAACAGGGCUUCUGCAACUCUCUUAGCAGCUGCCAUGGGUGUUGGAGCUAAGUAUUUGGGUGACCUUUGUGGUGACAAAGGCGAGCCUGUCGUUCUUGGAAUCCUUGUUUUCAUCCUAGCUGCCAUAUUAACAUUCAUCAGAUUUAUUCCGGGUAUCAAGACUAAGUAUGACUAUGGAGUUGUCAUAUUCAUCCUCACCUUCAGUAUGGUAACUGUCUCCGGCUAUCGGACGGAGCAGAUUAUACAGUUUGCUCAUCAACGGCUGUCCACGGUGGCCAUAGGUGGCGUAACAUGCAUACUCAUUUCCGUGCUUGUAUGCCCUGCAUGGGCCGGAGAAGAUCUUCAGAACCUCAUUGCUGCAAAUAUUGAAAAGCUUGGAAACUCCUUAGAAGGUUUUGGAAGUGCAUAUUUUAGGUUCCCUGAAGCUGAAGGUGAAGAAAGUGGGCGUGCAAAGGCAUUAUUUCCUCAAGACUAUAAAUCUGCAUUCAAUUCUAAAGCUUCUGAAGAUUCCUUGGCAACUUGUGCAGGGUGGGAAUUUGGUCAUGGCGAGUUCAAGUUUCGUCAUCCAUGGGAGCAAUACUUGAAAGUUGGAGGUCUUGCCAGGGAAUGUGCUUCCCAUCUUCAAGCUCUCAGCAGCUACUUCAACACUACAGACGAUGAUGAGGCCACAUUGUUAAGUUUUAAGAGCAAGAUUGAAGAGCCAUGCACAAGAAUGUGCUUCCAAUCCACCCACGCUUUGAAAGCUAUAUCAUUAGCCAUCAAAACCAUGUCGCAUCCCUCGCCGGAGAUCCAAGACCACCUACGAAACUCCCGAGCAGCCAUUAAUGAUCUCGAGGUCGUGUUUCGGAGCUCUUCAUUAUCGACGGAGAUGCUCUUCGAGAUCAUACCUUGCGCUGCAGUUAUGUCUAUACUGAUUGACAUCGUUAAUUGUGUGGAUAAAAUCUCGAAAUCCGUCGACGAGCUGUCGGAAAAAGCUGAUUUCAAGAAAUCAAAGGCGAAAUCUCCGGAGGCGCAACAACAAUUGCUCCACCGCGGAAUUGUGACGCCGGUUAAUGAAGAUUCCCCGGAGGGUGAUGUGGUGGCGGUUACAAUAGAUGAAACACCUCAAGAUUCCCCGGAAUUCGAUAAUUUGCAAGGAGCGAUACAUGAACAAAAAUCACAAGAAUUAAUUACAGAUGUAAAGAUAGGGUAA